AUGACCCUAGACGACCACAACAUCAGCAGCUGUCGUUUCGCCUCGUGCAACACCUCGUUCGCCUCAGAUCGCGACGGGGACGGCGGAGAUCAGGCCCUGAAAAUCCAACGGUCAGGAACGUCCCCUGUGAUGGAGGGGGAAGAAGCGGAGGGCAACCAGAAAAUUAGGGUUUCUGCUGCCGUUACUAGCGAAAUGAUAGAAGAUCCUGUAGCAAAAAGUCUUUCCGAUUCGAGACGGGACAGCAGCGGCAGCAGCCAUGAAGAGCUCGUACGCGAUGCCAACGCUUCGCUACCAGAGCUGUUGCGCGCCUGCUCGCGCCACCCCCGGCGACAGGCGGACGCCGUCCUGCCCGCCCUCUCGCGCCUGCUGGACCUCCAAGCGCGGCUCACAGCCGCGCGCGCCCCCCUGGGGGGAGCCCCGCGCGCAGAAGGGGAAACUGAGAGAGUCGAGGGGACUGAGGGCGCGGAAGAGAGUGCAGGAGGGGGAGGGGGGAGGGGUGAGGCUGGUAGGGAAGGAGGGGGAGGUGCAGCAGCAGAGGAAACGUCACUAGUGGCAGCACCAGCAGCGCCACCAGAGUUGUCACCGUGGCAGCAGCUGGAGGAGCAACUUUCUUUGGACGAACCAGGUAAAAGCCUAGCAAGUGAAACUGGUCAAACCAGUCAAACCGGUCAAACUGAGUUGGCCAGUCAAGCAAGUCAAACCGCCGAAGGCUCCCUACAGGAGAUUCAAACCCUCCUUUCCCGCAUAGACGCACCACUCUCCCACGCGCUAGACCUGCUCGAGCAAGAAUUCACAACCGUCCUAUCCAAUUCCAACAGAAAGCUCAACCUCCACAUUCUUAAAGCCGCACUUCACAUGCAAAACCUCGCGAUUCUCCCCAGCCCGAGAACCCGGGGAGGAGGAGGGGCGGGAGCAGGUGCAGGUGGGAGCGCGGCAGGUUUCGGGGCAGGGGCAGGAGGGAACCGCCGGGGGGGGUCGUUUUCGGUUACGGGGAAUCUGUUCUCUAAGGGUUUGGGAGGGGACGGGGGAGAAGGGAGUGGGGGAGGGAAGUAUACCCCAUCUGGGGCUAGGCCACCCCCCUCGCCUUCCUCCCCUGCUAACAAGCAGCAUGGGAGAGCCGCGAGCCAGUUUCUGUUCGACGAUCCGAUGCUGAUUGAGUACAACGCGUCGCUGUCCGCCCGAGCCUCCUCGCCGCUAGGCUCGGGCCGAGCCUCAGGGACAGGUUCGGAAGGUGGGGUGGCGGGCGGUGGGGGGAGUGUGGGGGCGAGUGGGGGCCCUGGUCCGUCUCUGUUGUCCCCCAUGGGUGGUGGGACUGGGUCAUCUCUUUUGUCUCCUGUGGGGUGUUCUACCCCUCAAUCCACGCUCUCUGAUGCUGUGCUGACGGCUACUGCUAGCAGCAGCACGAACACGAGCAGCAGCAGCAUUGCUGCUGUGAGUGGCCCGUUGGAGACUUUGUUUAUUGGGUCGGAUGUGGCAGGAGCAGUGGGAGCAGCAGGUGCAGCUGCUGCUGUUGAUGGUGUUAGCAGCAUUGGCGUGGUUGAAGGAGGAGGGGGUGUGAUGAAAUCUCGAUCCGCCACCCAGCCAACCCUGCAGUGCUCCUCGUCCUUUCCUGUCCAACAAAACAAGCUCGGAAUUGUAUCGUCUAAUUCCUUAUCCCUGCCUCGCUCUGCUGCUGCUAGUGCUGUUGGGGAUGGAGACUCCACCGCUCCUCCCCCUAGAAUCACCAUUCCCCCAGUUUAUUCCGAUGGUGGGCGAGUGGGCGAGUGGGCGAGUGGGGGAGUGGGCGAGCAGGAGAGUAGGGCAGUGGGCGAGUGGGCGGAGUGGUUGCCGGUGGCAGAGGUGCCGUGGCUCAGCGACAAGGCGAGGCAGGCAACGGUGGCGAGUGCGGUGGAGAGUGUGAGCAUGAAAGAGUACACAGCAGAGGAGACGCAGGCCAUGGCGUGGGCGGAUCUAGAGCCGUUGAUCAAGCUGUGGAUCAGAGACAUCAGCAUCCUGCUGCGAGUUCUCUUCUUUUCCGAGCAUCAGCUCAUCAAGGGCGUUCUCGACGCCUCUCCACCCACCAGCCAUAGCAGCAGCAGCAGUGCCACCAGCGGCAGCAGUAGCGGCAGCAGCGGCAAUAGCAGUAGUGCCGGCGCUGCUGUUACCACCGUCAUUGCUGUAGCUUCUGCACCCGACAGUGCUUCGACCCCAGCCGUUCCUGACUCUGGUUCGGAUCUCCUCUCGCAUCCUGACCCCAUGUGUGAAACACCUGAAGAAACUCCUGAGCCUGCUCCCGAGGCGCUGAAGGCGAAUGACAGCACGACCCACAGCACGUCCCAGAGCACACCUGAGAAUACACCUGAGGGAGCACCUGAGAGCCCACCUGAGAAUCCACCUGAGAGUACACCUGAGAGCAGCAGCAAGCGCACGGAGCAGGUUGCCCGGAAACCCGGGGAGCACCUGAUGAGUCCGGACAGCGUGUUUCGGCAUCUAGUGGGGUCGGUGGGCGGCGUGAAGUCGACCCUGUGUGCACUGUGUGCAAAUGCUGCAGCCAUUGCUGCGUCUAAGAGCGCCCCUGAGAAGAUUUUUGCCCUGCUGGAGGCAUACCGCACCGUGGCUGACCUCUCCCCACAGGCCCUGCCGGUGUUCCUCGCUCUCCCCAAGAGCGAUUCAGACGAUCCAUUCAAGCUCUGGCAGCGCCUCUCGCAGCUCUUUGCCGGAGCCAUCUUUGCCACUCUCGACGACCUCAACCGCAUUCUCAGGGACGUUGCAGCGUUUGUGCCGGCCAACCAGGCGUCCGGUAGCUCGCCCAUGAAGAAGAAACUACUGAGGCUGAUUCACUGGAAGUCCUCGGAGCAGAAAACAACCAACGAUGAAGAAGUGGAUAUUGGCGUGCAUAAAUGUUGCAACGAGGAUGAAGGAUGCACUGAAGCAGCAGGAUUGAGUCCCUCUGCUCCCAUCUCAUCCCCUCGUUUUGCUCUCUUCUUCCCUCUUCCACCCGCCAGUGUUGCAACGAGGAUGAAGGACGCACUGAAGCAGCAGGACCGCAUUGCAGCGUAUGAGGCAGCAUUCGAUAAGGCAGGCCUGGCAAAGCUCAUGGCGUGCUUGGCGCCUGAGGAGGUGUCUGCAAAGCUCAGCGCGGAUGCAGUCAAAUCCAGGCUAAAGAAGUUCAACUCAGCUUUUGAGGAGGUGGCGUUGGAGCAGAACCGUUGGAUCGUAAUCAGCGACUCGCAGAGGAAGAAGACGAGGAUUCGCUUCGCCCGCACGCUCAAGAACGCGUAUUUGGAGUUCCUCACACCUCACAGGGAAAUCAUAUCGGACAUAACAACCUAUCAGUGGUCGCCAGAUGGCAUCGAACGAUUGAUGCUCAAGUCUUUCUUCCUCGGCCGAAGCCUCCCUCUAAUCAUGACUGCUUGA